AUGGAGAAAGAAGCAGGACUUUGUAAAGAUCCAUGUGAAAUGUCAAUUAAUGAGAAUAAAGAUCUACACGAAACGUCUAUAAAGCAUAAAAAAAAGAAAAGGAAAAGAGAGUCCCAAGAAAUAAUACUUAGAUACCUUCCUAAAGAUCAAUAUGACAUAAUUAAUAAUAAACCUCAGGUUAAGCGAAGGCUUAAUUCUAAACAGAAAUAUAAAAGUAUAAUUAAAUUUGAUAAAAAUGAACAAGACUCAAUGGAUCCACCUCAACCUUCAAAUGAAGAACAAAAAAAUCAAGGAAAUGUAAUGGAUCCACCCUCUCAACCUUCGAAUGAAGAGCUAGGAAAUAUAAUGGAACCACCAUCUCAACCUUCGAAUGAAGAGCUAGGAAAUAUAAUGAAACCACCAUCUCAACCUUUGAAUAAAGAGCAAGGGAAUGUAAUGGAUCCACCUCCUCAACCUUUGAAUGAAGAGUAUGGAAACGUAAUGAAUCCACCUCCUCAACCUUUGUAUGAAGAGCAAGUAAAUAUAAUAGAUCUACUUUUUCAACCUUUGUAUGAAGAGCAAGGAAAUAUAAUGGAUUCACCCGACUCAUCACUUGAAGAUUCUCAAGGAUUUUCGAAUUAUAGUUUUGUGUUAUACGAGGAAAGUUAUGAAGCCUUUAUGCUUAAUCCUGAUGUCAUGG